CUUUAAAAAUAAGGGGUGGCUCAUUUAAGACAGAGGUGAGGAGAAAUUUUUUUCUGAGGAUUGAGUCUGGAACUCUUCAUCAAAAUGAAGCGGAAGCAGAGUCUUUGAAUAUUUUAAGACUGAGCUAGAUAGAUUCUUGAUUAACAAAGGGUUGAAAGGUUAUCGCGGUAGGCAGGAAUGUGGGGUUGAAGUUACAAUCAGAUCAGCCAUGAUCUUAUUGAAUGGCGGAACAAGCUUGAGGGGUCGAGUGGUCUGCCGCUCCUAAUUUCUAUGUUCGUAAAGCCGUUUGGAGAGACAGGAGAGAUUUGUUAUUCGUGAUGGAGUGGCAGCCUGAUGAGCAGGGUCUUCAACAAGUGCUUCAGCUGCUCAAAGACUCUCAGUCGCCAGACACAGCAACACAGCGUGCAGUGCAACAAAAAUUGGAGCAGCUGAACCAGUAUCCAGACUUCAACAACUACCUGAUCUUUGUACUAACCAGACUGAAAUCUGAAGAUGAACCGACACGGUCCCUUAGUGGUCUCAUUCUCAAGAACAAUGUCAAGGCUCAUUACCAGAGUUUCCCACAGGGUGUUGCUGACUUCAUCAAACAGGAGUGUUUAAAUAACAUUGGCGAUGCCUCUCCACUCAUUAGAGCAACCAUAGGUAUUUUGAUCACCACCAUUGCUUCAAAGGGAGAGCUGCAAGCUUGGCCAGAGCUUCUGCCUCAACUCUGUAACCUGCUUAACUCUGAGGAUUACAACACCUGUGAGGGAGCCUUUGGAGCUUUGCAGAAGAUUUGUGAGGAUUCAUCAGAGAUGCUGGAUAGCGAUGCCCUGAAUAGACCUCUCAACAUCAUGAUUCCCAAGUUUCUGCAGUUUUUCAAACACUGUAGUCCUAAAAUCAGGUCCCAUGCAAUCGCUUGUGUGAAUCAAUUCAUCAUUGGCAGGGCCCAGGCACUGAUGGACAAUGUCGACACCUUCAUUGAGCACUUGUUUGCACUGGCAACAGAUGAUGAUUCAGAAGUGAGGAAGAAUGUGUGUCGGGCGCUGGUGAUGCUGUUAGAGGUUCGGAUAGAUCGUCUUAUCCCACACAUGCACAGUAUAAUCCAGUACAUGCUGCAGAGGACACAGGAUGCUGAUGAAAACGUGGCUUUGGAAGCGUGUGAGUUCUGGCUGACAUUGGCUGAACAGCCCAUCUGUAAGGAGGCGCUAUCAGGACACCUCAUACAAUUGAUUCCUAUUUUAGUGAAUGGGAUGAAAUACUCGGAGAUUGACAUAAUACUUUUAAAGGGUGACGUAGAAGAGGAUGAAGCAGUUCCGGAUAGUGAGCAGGACAUAAAGCCCCGGUUUCAUAAGUCCCGCACGGUUACAUUGCAGCAUGAGGAGGAUGCUGCUGAGGAAGAUGAAGACUUUGAUGAUGAUGAUGAUGACACUCUUUCCGACUGGAACCUGAGGAAAUGCUCAGCUGCUGCUCUGGAUGUCUUGGCCAAUGUUUUCCGGGACGAUCUUCUUCCUCAUCUUCUGCCACUACUAAAGGGGCUGCUGUUCCAUCCAGAUUGGGUUAUUAAAGAGUCCGGAAUCCUGGUUUUGGGAGCAAUCGCAGAAGGUUGUAUGCAAGGGAUGGUUCCGUACCUCCCUGAGUUGAUCCCACACCUCAUACAGUGUCUGCCGGAUAAGAAGGCACUAGUGCGCUCAAUCGCCUGCUGGACGCUCAGCCGCUAUGCACACUGGGUGGUCAGCCAGCCGCCAGACCAGUAUCUGAAACCACUGAUGACUGAACUCCUGAAGCGAAUCCUGGAUGGAAAUAAGCGAGUACAGGAGGCAGCAUGCAGUGCGUUUGCUACGUUGGAGGAGGAGGCCUGCACAGAGCUGGUCCCAUAUCUCAGUUACAUCCUCGACACACUGGUCUUUGCAUUUGGAAAGUACCAGCACAAGAAUUUGCUGAUUCUGUACGAUGCCAUUGGUACAUUGGCCGACUCUGUGGGACAUCACCUCAAUCAGCCAGAAUACAUCCAGAAACUAAUGCCCCCUCUCAUUCAGAAAUGGAACGAGUUGAAGGAUGAAGAUAAAGAUCUCUUCCCACUGCUGGAGUGCCUCUCUUCAGUGGCCACUGCUCUUCAGAGUGGCUUCCUCCCCUACUGUGAGCCUGUGUAUCAGCGCUGUGUAACACUUGUGCAGAAGACACUCGCCCAAGCCAUGAUGUAUAACACGCAACCAGAUCAGUACGAGGCUCCAGACAAGGAUUUCAUGAUUGUAGCACUGGACCUGCUGAGCGGCCUGGCGGAGGGUUUGGGUGGUCACGUUGAGCAGUUGGUAGCACGGAGCAACAUCAUGACCCUUCUUUUCCAGUGUAUGCAGGAUACAAUGCCUGAGGUUCGGCAGAGUUCAUUUGCACUUUUGGGUGAUCUCACCAAAGCCUGUUUCCAGCAUGUGAAGCCAUGUAUAGCUGAGUUCAUGCCAAUUUUGGGAACCAACCUGAACCCAGAGUUUAUUUCUGUGUGCAAUAAUGCCACCUGGGCAAUCGGAGAAAUCUGCAUGCAGAUGGGUGCUGAGAUGCAGCCAUAUGUGUCACUGGUUCUGAAUAACUUGGUGGAGAUCAUCAACAGACCGAACACUCCCAAGACUCUACUUGAGAACACUGCUAUAACCAUUGGCCGUCUAGGUUAUGUAUGUCCCCAGGAAGUUGCGCCCAUGCUACAACAGUUCAUCAGACCAUGGUGCACGUCUUUGAGAAAUAUCCGUGAUAAUGAAGAGAAGGAUUCUGCGUUCCGUGGGAUCUGUAUGAUGAUUGGAGUGAAUCCAGGGGGUGUAGUGCAGGACUUCAUCUUCUUUUGCGAUGCUGUUGCUUCAUGGGUGAGUCCAAAGGAUGACCUGCGUGACAUGUUUUAUAAGAUCCUGCAUGGCUUCAAGGAACAAGUUGGUGAGGAGAACUGGCAACAAUUUUCAGAACAGUUCCCACCACUUCUGAAGGAGCGGCUGUCUGCGUUCUAUGGCGUAUAGCUGAAAUUAAGGGACACAACGUCAGGUUUCUGUUGCUGGGAGGGCUACUGGGAAAUCAUCCACAUCUAAGAGUUGCACUGCCCUGUCAUUGGGGGGUUAGGGUGGAGUUGGUGGGACUAAAAACACGCCCCCUUUCUCCGAAAAUAUCGGGGGAAAAACAGCCUCUAAACCAGAGCAAACUGGAUUAAUUCGGCAGCAAGAUCUGGUACGCCUUCUUUCUGAAGAGGGAAUCUGCCACUACACACGGGACAUUCCAAAGAUCCCGAGGGUCAAAUCUCAGUUGGACAACUCGGGAGGGGGCAAAGUGUGGGAAAUUUAGGAAAAUAAAUUAAAAUAUAGGCAAGCGUAGUGAAGAAUUCCACAAGAUUAAUAAAAUCAGCUAGAAUCAAUCGGCCUUGUCCAUCUAAAUUUGGGACAUUACAAGCCUGAUGCUUGUGCCGUGGUUUAAGGGUAGAAGUUUUUAAAAUUAAAAAGAAAACAAACUUUUUUUAACACAUUAAAACUAGAAAGCAUACCGAGCUUUGUACUGUCGCAUAGAUACCCCAGCAGUCGUCAAAAAGAGAGUCACUGUUUAAAGCUAGACUGCAUGGAGGUGAGCUGUAAUAGUCUAGUGAUCUCUGAAUAGAACGUAAUGAGUGGUAAUGUGUGUGUGUAGAUCAAGGCUUCACUAUCUUUUCUGAUUGGGUUGUAAAGGAUCGUUCCAACGUGGACCGACGGUCAGCCUUCCGCUCCCCUCGAGAGGCCGGAAGUGGGUAGGAGAGGCUGGUAUGAAAGCCUGUACCUUGAUACUGUAAUGAAGCAUGUCUGUGCUGUCAUGCUGUGGCAAUGCCCUGUCAAACAAUGAACCAUUUGGGUUUGUUUUUUGUGAUAAUGUGCUGCUGCGUUCUCUUGUCGUCUUAUCCUUAAAACGGAAGUGUAAACUAAAAUGGCAAGUGGUCAAAAAGAGAAAAACCCAAACCUUUUCUAAAAAGA